AUGUCGGAAUCAUCGAAUUCACGCAGUCUAACCAUUCAAAUGCAUACUUUAAUUGAUAGCGUGGUGCUUGAUGUCGAAGGCACGAAGACUGGGGCUGAUCUUUUGGAUAUGUAUGCCUCCGAGAUGGGACAGAAAGUUGGCGUAGAAAAAGACGUUAUUCUCAAGACUUGCAUCAGUGUUACACCUUUCUACCCAGCUCGACCUUCGCCGGCACCAGUCACGACUUCAAGUUCUGUCGGAAUGCCAGCUCCAACGAAUGCUUCCCUCAGCACCAUUUUUGCAGGCGAGACGGGACUUUGCAUGGUCAACGUCACUUCCGCUCACCACAUAUUUCGCUUGCUUAAGAACUACGAGCAAAAAGUCGCAACCAAUAAUCAACUGACCGAGGAGAAUACCAUGCUGCAAGAAAAAGUCACUCAGUUGCAACAUCAACUUGCCUUGGCCGAGUUACUUCAGGAAGAAGAUACAAAGCCAAAGAAACCGCAGCGGAAGAAAGGCAAAUCACAGAAGAGUGGCGCAGCCUCCGUUGGUGGCUCGUCGACUCCUUCUGAUCCUUUGGCACUCUUGACUGAAACGGUGGCGAACUUACAGAAGGCGAUGACCGAGGAGCGUGAAGCGAUGACUGAGGAGCACGAAGCCAGGCAGAAAGUCGAGGCGACGUUGGCGAACUUACAGAAGGCGAUGACCGAGGAGCGUGAAGCGAUGACUGAGGAGCGUGAAAAGGUGGCGAACUUACAGAAGGCGAUGACCGAGGAGCGCGAAGCCAGGCAGAAAGUCGAGGCGACGUUGGCGAACUUACAGAAGGCGAUGACCGAGGAGCGUGAAGCGAUGACUGAGGAGCGUGAAAAGGUGGCGAACUUACAGAAGGCGAUGACCGAGGAGCGCGAAGCCAGGCAGAAAGUCGAGGCGACGUUGGCGUCUGAGAGAGACGAGCAUCUUUGGCAGUUAAGCGAUGUUACGGGACGUACGGGCGAACUCGAGCAGUGGGCCGUUACUGCGGACCCUGAAAUACUUGAUCGCAUACGACUCCGUACUCUUGUUGAUGAAGGUCAAGCAAAACUAGCCAGAUUUGCAGGGCUUGUUUCUGAGAAAGAGACUACUUCGUACGCGUCAAUGACAUGGCGGCUGAAAUUGAAAGGUGAAGAUGGGGAACCAGCAGCUGAUGAUGCCCGCUUGCUUACUGCACGCUCACUCCUGACUGGCAGAGGGGGUAUAAUUCCACAGGCAAUCCAGGUACUCGUGGAUAAUAAGGAUGCGAUGCGCCUGCUGACGGAGACGAACUCAUCUAUCCGCAACUGGGGUAACCAUUUUGCUCACCACCUUGCCAGUAAAUCCCUUCUCAGAGAUAUUGUUGGGCGAACCGUCAAGCCUGCCGAGGACAAAAAAGGAACUACACUUUUCGAGCAUUCCUACUACAUAGGAAGCUACAUAGGAGGGAUCAUGUACGGGUUUGAGUUAAGCGUGUACUUCAUGAUUCUGGAAUCGCUGUUCCGCAGAGGGAAUGAGAGUUCCAUGCAUAGCAAACGGUUCCGCGCGGUAUAUAGCACAAUCAUGGUUCUGCUGACAACGAUUGACGUCGCCUGCAAUGCCGUUUGGGGAGAAGAGAUGUGGAUCACAUAUCGGGAAAGACCUGGAGGAGUUGCUCAGUAUAUCAAGACAGAGGUCUCUGUCGGAUACGAGACCCUGGGGUCAGUAUCGGUCGUCGGCUCUGUGUUCAUGGGCGAUGCACUUCUGAUAUAUCGCCUCUUUCUCGUUUAUGGAAGGAGCUUUGUGGUUAUUUUGCUUCCUGCGUUGGCAUACAUGGUCGGAUUUGCAUUAGCGAUCCAGCAACUUGUCCUAGCAGGGAAGCCUAAUGGCGACUUCUUCGGCAAGGAUAGUGUCAGGCUGGCGGUGGCAUACUAUUCCAUUACUAUAUGCCUCAACAUCGUGGUGACUGUCUUCAUCUGUGUUCGCUUAUUCCGCCUGUCUAGGCGUUUCUCAAAAACACUCGGGAAAGAGAACGGGCAAAUCUACGGGGGUGCAGCGGCCAUCCUUAUCGAGUCCGCCGCUCCCUACAGUCUGCUGGGAAUCAUGUAUCUCAUACCCUUUUCCCUGGAAUAUGGAACGGGUAUUCUAUUUGGCCAACUAUGGUCGAAGAUGAGCGGCAUCGCACCCCUUCUGAUCAUAUUACGGGUUGUAAAUGGCAGGGCAUGGAGUGAGGAUGGUACACAAAUCCGGACACCUCUCACCUUUCUCCCGCCCGACGUCACAACCAUCCCAUCACCACUUCAUUCUGUGGCUUUCUUGGGCCAAAACCGAUCCUCUCAAACAAUUCUAGAACACUCGUCAUCUAAGCAUUUCGCACCUUGA